AUGAAAAUUCUUAUGUUGUUCAUUGUGGCAUUCUCUUUUUUGGUCUCCGUUCGGUCAUUACCGGUAAAACCAACUCUGCAUUACGAGAGAAUAUUUAAUUUUGGCGAUUCUUUAAGCGACACCGGAAAUUUUCUUAUCUCCGGCGAUGUCGACUCUCCGAACAUCGGAAAUCCUCCAUAUGGUGAAACCUUCUUUAACCGUUCCACCGGCCGUUGUUCCGAUGGACGUCUCAUCAUCGAUUUCAUCGCUGAGGCAAAUGGACUACCGUACAUUCCACCGUAUCUCCAAAGUGUACGGACGAACUUUUCAGUGAAUUUCAAGUUUGGAGCAAAUUUCGCGGUGGCCGGAGCAACGGCGAACGAGUUUAACUUCUUUAAGGAAAGAGGUAUUUCGGUAACAUUGUUGACGAACAAGACAUUGGAUAUUCAACUUGGUUGGUUCAAGAAGCUGAAACCUUCUCUCUGUAAAACCAAGCCAGAAUGUGAACAAUAUUUUAAGAAAUCUCUGUUUUUCGUGGGAGAAAUUGGUGGAAACGAUUAUACUUACCCUCUUCUAGCAUUCAGAAGUUACAAUCAAGCCAUGGAUUUGGUACCAUUCGUCAUUAACAAAAUCAUCAACGUCACAAGUGCUUUGAUCAAGGAAGGUGCAGUGACGUUGGUGGUUCCGGGAAACCUUCCUAUCGGUUGUUCUGCGGUUCUAUUAGAGCGGUUCAAUGAUCCACGCGAAUUUCUCUAUGAACCGAAGAACCAAUGCUACAAGCCAUUGAACAUGUUAGCUAAAUCUCACAAUGAUAAGCUCAAGAAAGGCCUCAUGACUCUAAGAAAAAAGUACCCUCAUGCCAAGAUUAUCUAUGCUGAUUAUUAUGGUUCUGCCAUGCAGUUCUAUAACUCACCUUCCAAAUAUGGUUUUACUGGAAGUGUGCUAAAGGCAUGUUGUGGAGGAGGUGAUAUCACCAUCGAUGGAAGAUACAACGCGAAACCAAGAGUUCAGUGUGGUGAAAAGGGUUCGACAACUUGCGAAAACCCAUCAACGUAUGCAAAUUGGGACGGAAUCCACCUAACCGAGGCAGCUUACCGCCACAUUGCAAAUGGUCUAAUCUCCGGCCGUUUCACCAAACCUCCUCUCAAUAGCUGUUAA